AUGAAGAUUCCAGGGCAGAGUGGCUCUCCAUCACCCCAUGCUUGCUUCCCCAAGAUUCCAGGGCAGAGUGGCUCUCCAGCACCCCAUGCUUGCUUCCCCAAGAUUCCAGGGCAGAGUGGCUCUCCAGCACCCCAUGCUUGCUUCCCCAAGAUUCCAGGGCAGAGUGGCUCUCCAUCACCCCAUGCUUGCUUCCCCAAGAUUCCAGGGCAGAGUGGCUCUCCAUCACCCCAUGCUUCUGUCCCCAAGAUUCCAGGGCAGAGUGACUCUCCAUCACCCCAUGCUUGCUUCCCCAAGAUUCCAGGGCAGAGUGGCUCUCCAGCACCCCAUGCUUGCUUCCCCAAGAUUCCAGGGCAGAGUGGCUCUCCAGCACCCCAUGCUUCUAUGCCCAAGAUUCCUGGGCAGAGUGACUCUCCAUCACCCCAUGCUUGCUUCCCCAAGAUUCCAGGGCAGAGUGGCUCUCCAUCACCCCAUGCUUCUGUCCCCAAGAUUCCAGGGCAGAGUGGCUCUCCAGCACCCCAUGCUUGCUUCCCCAAGAUUCCAGGGCAGAGUGGCUCUCCAUCACCCCAUGCUUCUAUGCCCAAGAUUCCAGGGCAGAGGCAGAGUGGCUCUCCAGCACCCCAUGCUUGUCUCCCCAAGAUUCCAGGGCAGAUAAGCUCUCCAGCACCCCAUGUUCAUCUCCCAAUAGGAUUCCAGGACAGAAUAGCUCCCCUGUAA